AUGGCUCGUGCCGCAUGGAACAGCAUCUCAUCAACAACAAUCAAGCAUUGCUGGGAUCACACCCAGAUCCAGCCGGACCCAUCCACUCUAAGCCAAGCACCAUCAAAUCCUUUGCCGCAUGCAGACCUGGAUGCAUGGCGUGUUAUUCGAGAUUUCGCAACAACUGAGAUGUCAUUGCCAGAAGCAGAGAAGCGCGUGGAAAAAAUCCUUGGUACUCGUUAUGCCGACACCAAUUGGAGGCCCACUUUCAAGGCCAUGAUGGAUGCAGAAGGGGACUCGGAUGCAGCUGCAAGCACAGUCGAGCAGCUCACACAAGCUGCUUGCCAACAGACUGCCAUCGAGAAUGAAGUCACCACCUCUCUGCAAGAUUUGAGGGCUCGUAAUCACAUUUUUGGUGAGCCACCAUCUUUAGACAAGUUUCUCAAGCCAGCCGAAGAACAAGAAGUUGGAGAUUCCCUUGAAUUUGAAGGCAGGGAUAAGGCUAUUGUUGCUGCAGUAAAACAAGAGAUGGCAGAGAAAGCGGGUGAGGUGAUUGAGGUCUCUGAUGAAGAAGAGGACCCUGAACCAGAGGUUUCUCAUGCGGAAACACUGGUACUGUGUCAAUGGCUCGAAGGAGCCAGUCUCCAGGUUGGAAAUGCUGAGUCCCCAUUUCCACUCGAGUUGUUAAAGCAAAUCCGUCUUUUUUCGCACUCAGUUACAACGCUGAUGAGCUUCUUCAUGGAACACAAACCAUGA